AUGCAGGCUGCUUUGCGAGCGUUUACUUUCCAAUUUCAACAAAACGAGAAGCAGGUGCAGUGCAAGUCAAUAGCCGAAACGAAUGUAGGGCUUGUGAAAGAUGGGUCAAGUUGCGAUUCUGGUCGUGUAUGUGUUGCUGGAUCAUGCGUCGAAAUGACAUCUGUGAGUUCUUCAUGGGCAAAAUUAUCUGUUUAGUG